AUGAUCGAUCCAUGGCGUCGAUUCCUCUUCCACAAGCAUGGAGCCGUGGUAAAAUAUGGAGAUAACCGCACGAGAGGCAGGACCUUACAUGUCACUACCAUCCGAAGGAAAACACCGCAUCAGACGAACCUCCGUUCGCGUGGUUGGACAAGUCCCGGGACCCCGGGCCUCCGGGGCCCGGAAGGCUCCAGUGAGCUCGGCCACCACGCGUUGGGCCGCUUCCAGGAUAAGCUGCAACGAAAACCACUCGGAACGUGGCACGCGCCCUCCGAGAACUUGCUCUAUCUCCUCCAGGCGCUCCACAGCAUGGGCGUCAAGUUCGUCGCGGUGAAAGAGAAGGGCGGCGGCGGCGGCGCGGGCCUGAUAUUGAUGUCCGUUCCCUAA